UUCUAGAACAGUUAUUCAUGUUCUAACAAAAUGGAAACUUCCGAGUUUACUGAGUUAUUCCCUGGUUUUCCACAUGAACUCGGUCUUGAGUGCCUGACGAGGUUACCCUACACCGGUCACCGGGUGGCUUCCGGUGUUUGCCGGCGAUGGCGGGAUUUACUGCAAAGUCAGGAUUUUUAUUAUCACAGACAGAGGUAUGGGUUUACGCAUAAAAUUGCUUGCUUGGUUCAAGCUUUUAGUGCUGGAGUCGUUGAUGGGCGAAAGCAUGGGGAUUCAUUGUGUUAUGGGGUUGCUGUGUUUGACUCUGUGAGUCGGACAUGGGAGCGACUUGACCCGGUGCCGACUCACCCAAAUGGGUUACCUUUGUUCUGUCAGUUGGCAAGUUGUGAAGGGAAAUUGGUGGUGAUGGGUGGGUGGGACCCGGUGAGUUACGACCCGAUUAGGGAUGUUUCCGUCUAUGAUUUUACGACGCAGCGGUGGAGACAGGGGAAGGAGAUGCCGUCAAAGCGGUCGUUUUUCGCAAUCGGGGCAUGUUCGGGUCGGGUGUACGUGGCGGGAGGGCACGACGAGAACAAGAACGCUUUGAAAACCGGGUUGGUUUAUGAUCUGAGAAUGGACGAGUGGACGGAGUUGCCUCCGAUGAGUAAAGAACGAGACGAAUGUGAAGGGAUGGUCAUCGGCGAUGAGUUCUGGGUGGUAAGCGGAUACGGUACAGACAAUCAAGGAGAAUUCGACGGUAGCGCGGAUGUGUACGGAUUCCGGUCCGGUCAAUGGAAGCGGGUCAAGGGCGUUUGGGAGGCGGGUCGAUGCCCGAGAUCAUGCGUUGGAGUGGGGAAAGAUGGGAAAUUGGAGAGCUGGACUGACUUGGACCCCGCAAUCAAGGUGGGAACAUACGGGGUUAUGUUAGGGGGGCAGGUCCUGGUUACAGGGUCAGAGUACCAAGGCGCACCACAUUGUUUCUUCAUGGUGGAAAUAAACGAUGGGAAGAAAGGGAAAUUGGAAAGCAUCGUGGUUCCUGAUGAUUUUUCUGGCUUUGUUCAAUCAGGCUGCUGUGUGGAGAUCUGAUCCUGUGUAAAAGCCAAACAGGAUGAGAGGUAUACUUUUUGAUGUAAAUUUCUCCCAAAUUAUGAGUAUAUAGUGUAAAUUUGUCUCUGUACUGUUAGUUAGAAUGAGAAUCUACUUCUGUAUGAUAUGAGAUGGCAUGAAAUUUUGAUGCUUUUUGUAUAGAUUUUGACUGGAGUGUUCUGCAAUAUGCAAUAUGUUUUGAUAUAUAAUUGGGGUUUGAAAUUCAAAAC